UUGGCACCAUCCCUUGCACUCGACGACCAAUAAUUGGGACACAUUCAGACCCUAGACAAAUUAGGGUUUCUUUAUAUUCUUAUCAAAUUCCAAUUUGUUCGCUUUGAUUUCCCCAUAACUGUAAUUUGAGAUCCAACAAACUACCCUUUAGGGUUUUUGGCACAUCAAAACAUACACAUUUUCCAAACCAUACCCAAAAACUUUAACCUCGUUCAGUCAGGGUUUGCAUUAUUCUGAAUCAAUCUAUCUGUACUCAGACCAAAAUGGACAACACUCAAGAGGAUGCAAGGUACUCUUCAAAACCCUAUUCUCUAAAUCGCCAGAAAUUCCCUUCAUAUUCUCGUCCAAUAAAAAAUCGCUUCCAAUAUGAAGAAGAUGAUGAAGACGAGGAUAUCGAUGCUUACAUUGAAGAAAAAAACGAAGACGAAGAGUAUGGUGUUGAAUUUGGUGAGACAAAUGGGCAUCGCCACAAUUUCAAAGAAAGCGAGAAUUUUGAGAGAUACCCAAAACGACAGAAGGUGAGAACCGCAGUUUCAGGUUACCAAUUCGCUCCAAGAAGUGUCAAAUUAUCAUAUGAUUGGACCGAGCACGAGGCAUUUGUGUUGCUUGAAAUUUGGGGAGAUAGGUUCUUGCAACUGGGGAGAAAAAGUUUGAGAAGUGAGGAUUGGGUUGAGGUUUCCGAGAAAGUAACGGAGGCGUUAAAGACUGAAAAAGAAGAGGCCCAAUGUAAGCGAAUGAUGGAUGAAUUGAAGAGGAAGUAUAAGAAGGAGAAGGUUAAAGUGGAGCAAAUGGGAGUAAAUUCUAGUAAAUGGGUGUUUUUUAAGAAGAUGGAUAUGUUAAUGGACAUGAGAAGAGAAUGUGGGGGGUUAGCUUGUGGGCUUGAUUCGGGUGAGUUUGUGUUUAUGGAUACUAGGGUUUAUUUGGAUCGGUCUAAUGGAUUUGACGAAAUGAGGGAUAGUCCGACUGAAUCAGAGAUGGAGGAGGAUGAAGAAGAGGAGGAUAAUAAUGAGGAGUCUUCUGCUUCAUUGAUGAUGCUGGCGGAUUCUGUUAAUAAAUUUGGGGAGAUAUAUGAGAAGAUAGAGAGUAGCAAGAGGGAACAGAUGAUGGAGUUGGAGAGGAUGAGGAUGGACUUUCAUAGGGAGAUGGAGUUGCAGAAGAAGCAAAUUCUGGAGAGGGCACAGGCUGAGAUUGCAACAAUUAGGGAAGCUGAUGAUGAUGAUGAUGAUGAUGAGGACACUCAUGAUGAUGAUGAUGAUGAUGAUGAUGAUGAUGAUGGUGAAGGUGAUUCUAUGGAGAAUCUUAGUGAGUAACGUUGAAACUGAAGUUCUGGAAGAUAUGAUGGCAUCUGAACCUGCUCUCAACAUUGUGAGUGUAGCUACCAGGGAAUUCUUUUUUGAAUUUAAGGUCUUAUGAUUUGUGUAAUGGCGAUGGGCAUGGAUGUUUCAUAUCCUUGUUCUAUUAUUCCCCUCAGAUUGGAAUCUGUGAAAACCUGUGUUGUAUUGGCUAGUUAGUACACUCUCUCUAUUGUAAAUGCUUUUCACUUUGACAAAUUCACAAGCAACAUCUAUUUUUGGACAUUCAUAGUAUAUCUGUUUAUAUGCUCUAGAUGUUUUCUAGAAUUAUAUUAUACCAGCUCUUCUCUUAUUCUCUAUGUAACAUUGAAUUUUUUUUCCUUAAGUUACAUUAUUUUUUUGGACAUUCA